AUGUCUCGGGCCAGCGCUGGACCCCCCCCCCGGGCGCGUGGAGCGCGCGAGAGGCGGCGCCAGAAGCGCCGCCAUGUGCCGCCGCCAGGCGCCGCCUGGGGGGGGGGGUCAGCGCUGGCACGAGAGCUCCAAGAGUCUGCGCUUGUGCAGAUGAUUCUCCCUCUGGACAUGGACGCCCACAACGCGGCGGCGAGGACGCCGAACCUGCACAGGCUAUCGAAGUCUGGGGCGAGACUGGACAGGCACUACGUGUUCAAGUACUGCUCGCCGACGCGGUCCUCGUUGCUGACCGGCCGCCUGCCCAUUCACGUGAAUCAGAACAACAACGCGAAUUCUUGA